AUGGUUUACAUCGAUGCGCUCAAAGAAUGUACCAAUGGCAUCAUCGAUCUGUACUUUACAGGAUCAAACAUUAACAAGGCCGCCCUCAACCUAUUCAGCAAACACAACCAGCAUGUCAUUCCAGAAGAGGCCAAGUGGAUAGCCAAGGCAUCGAAUGGUCCAUUGAGGUUCGCCGACACAUACACUGGCCCUCUCUACAAGUACGACGUCUCUGGCAUGUACGCAACCAUCAUGAAAAGCAGCAACUUCUCAGUGCCCAUCAAGAGAGGCGAGUUCCAUCAACUGACUGACGAGGAGCUCGGACGACACUUCAGAUGA